GUCAUAGUUUAUUGAAAUAGGUUAUGUUUUGGUGUUAUAUAGGAAUGAAAUGGCGUCAACACAAAGGGCGUUUACACAAAAACUAUCCAAACAACACGCAGCCGAUGUUCGUCGAAACGUGUCCUGCUCAAGCAGUGGACUUCUUUCACCAUCUUCAUCAAGUUGGAUGAAUGAAGUAAUUGAGCCAUUAGAAUUCGAAGAUUUUUUACAUGGUUAUCAAAAUUUAAUUGACAGAGAUCCACUUCGUGCCAUCUUGGAUAUUCCUCCAGGAGACGUUGAAAUCGAUAUUAUAGAAAGACCCUUGAGAACUGUCGAACCUAUCGUUCCCGAAGAAAACUUGGAGAGUUUAACUCCUCAUGUACAGGCAUGUGUGGAAUGUUACAAGGCGUUUUGGAAAGUUAUUCGUUAUAACCACCGUUCACUAAGUAGUAGCGUGUCGAGUAGAUCUAAUCUUUCUAAAGAACUGCUUCCUACCCCUAGGCAGGAGUUUGAAAUAGAUUUUCAACCAGGUCCUUCACAGUCUAGUAGUGAAUUAGAUUUAACAUCACAAAGCAGUGGCCGACAAAGUGUCAUAUCAAUAGCUUCAGUGUCAUCAUGUGGAGACACUCUCACUCCAAGAAACUCUUGGGCUUCGUUGGACCUGAGGCAUUCAGCAGGAGAUCCAUUGAUUCCAGAUAUUUUGGAACAAUCCAUUCCAGAAGCUCUCGAUCAACUCAAUGAGAGUAGAAGGCAGACCGAGAGGCAGGAUAUUUUGUUCGCCCUUACACCAACAGAUAUCCAUUUUGAGGUUAACGAACAAGUAGAGAAGAGGUUACCAGCUAUUGCCCCUUAUGAGCAUAUGGGGCAUAGAAUUUUGGUGAAGUGCCAACAGUUGACAAUGGACAUAGAAGUAGAACCACUCUUCGCUUCCAUGGCACUUUACGAUUGCAAAGAGCGCAAGAAAGUAUCGGAAACUUUCCAUUUCGAUUUGAAUCCGGAAGGUCUCAAAAGGAUGCUGGGGGGACACGUUCCUUAUGCCGAUACAAGCUCUCUUGCAAGAGGAUGCGUUUUCAAUAUUUCCCAUCCUUCCCCCGAUCUGUUUAUAGUGAUCCGUUUAGAGAAAGUAUUACAAGGUGACCUCAGUGAAUGUGUUGAACCAUAUCUGAAGGAGGAUAAGAACCGAGACAAACUCAAAUCUAUUGCGGUGUCAGUUUGCGAACGUUUAGGGAAAUACAGACAAGCGUUUGCUUGGACUGCCAUCAAUCUGGUCAAUAUAAUAAAUGGUGGAAAUUCACUUGAAAGAGAUUCUGAUAGAGACUCGAUGAGUGGAGGCUCUAACACUAAUAGUUUGG